GUUCGCGAGCUUUUCCGCCGGAACGUUCGGUGGGUGCACCCGGACCACUGGGCGGAUGGCGAUGCUUCCGAAGACGGGAAGGACGAGCAGGUGUGCGCGGCGUUCGAGGCGAGCCAGUUCGGAAUGAAGCUGCUGGUAUUCCAGACCUACUACAUUCUGAGAUCCCGUGAACUCGGGCUGGACUCUAUGGAAGCGCUGAAUGCAUGCCGCGGCCGCCCGGCCACCCAUGCCUUGGCAGAGUUCCAGACCGAUUGCCGGGCCAUUAAGGAGCUUGGUUCCUAUCAGGAGUUCUUUGUCUGGCUUCAAAUGGAGAGCUACCUCGACAGGGACCUUCACACCAUGCUCUGUGAAGCCGUCGAUGAAUCUGAAGAUCGAGGCUACAAUCACGGCGUGCCCAAACCUGGAGGUUACAGUGCUGGAUAA